AUGGGUUCUACCCAAUCCCUAGUGACAGCUCUUCAAGAGGUACUGAAGCAGAGAGACAUUAAGAUUGCCCCUCGAACCCUCAAGAACUUCAUCAAGGAAGUUGAUCGGGUUGCACCGUGGUAUGCCUGUUCUGGGUCUUUGACUUUAGCUUCGUGGAACAAGUUGGGGAGAGAUUUGGACCUAAGGCAGGAGCAGGAAGAUCUCAGAUUGGGGACUAAAGCUAUUUGGAAAUUAAUAAAGAAUUGUUUGCAAGACAGAGAUUGUGCACCCAUGAUAAAGGAAGGACAACGAUCCUCAGAGAACGUACAGGAAGGACUAUCAGAAACCGAGCGUGGAGACAGGGUUGGCGCCAGGAAAAAGGCGACAAAGCCUUUGGCAUUCGAUGCCGGGACCCCCGGACGUGGGAGUCAAAUUUCUGAAGGAACAAAAUCAGAAAGAGACCCUCCCUAUAACCCAGAUGUGGGGAGAGAACAAGAUCUUUAUCCUUUUUCAAUGCUACAUGCUUUUGAAGAGUGUUUUACAAAACAACAUGAGGAGGAUGGUCAGAGCUCCUCCUCUGAGGAGGACCCCUUAGGGGACCUGGAAGCCUCCCCAGAAUUUAAGAUACCCAUGAGAGCAACUGCACCCCCUGUUCAUUCCUUUUCAGGGCGAGUCAGGCAUGCGGCAGGAACCUCCCUGCUGCCCCCAAAGGUAAACAGAGAGAUUACUAGAGCCUUUCCUGUUUUCGAGGUUACUAAUGACCAAGGACAAGCAAACAGGGUCUAUGCUCAAGUUGAGUAUAGCCAGCUCAAAGAAUUGGCGGAGGCAGUCAGAAAAUAUGGGACGACUGCCAAUUUUACAUUGGCACAACUGGACCGCCUAGCUGUGAAUGCCAUGACCCCCGCGGACUGGCAGACUGUGGCAAAAGCCACGCUCCCUAACAUGGGACAAUAUUUAGAAUGGAAGGCCCUUUGGUACGAGGCCUCCCAAGAGCAAGCCCGAGUUAAUGCAAUAGCCAUUACCCCCGAGCAACAGGCUUGGACCUUUGAAAUGCUCACAGGACAGGGCGCUCAUAACAACAAUCAGAACCAAUUCCCCUGGGGAAUUUAUGCACAAAUCUCCAGGUUGGCCAUUAAGGCUUGGAAACUCCUGUCAAGAAGAGGUGGUAUAGACAAUCAGCUUUCGAAAAUAUUGCAGAGGAAUGAUGAGCCCUUUUCUGAAUUUGUGGCUCGAAUGUCAGAGGCUGCCACUAGAAUCUUUGGGGAGACAGACCAAAUCAAUCCUUUAGUGGAACAGUUAAUUUUUGAGCAGGCCAAUCAGGCUUGUCGUGCCGCUAUUGCACCCAGGAGAGCUAAGGGACUUACAGAUUGGGUCAGAAUUUGUAGGGACAUUGGCGGACCUCUAACUAAUGAAGGCCUGGCAGCAGCUAUUUUGAGACAGCAACCCCGAACGCCCCCGGUCCGGAAAGGACCCGUUUGCUUCCGCUGUGGAAAGACAGGUCACCUCAAACAUGACUGCAGGGUAAAAGUAACAUCAGCUCAGGGAAAGACGGAGGGUAACAUGGGAGCUGUCGCCCCCAUGCGACAGAUAUGUCAAAGAUGCAGAAAAGGCUAUCAUCCCACAGAACAAUGCAGAUCCAUUAAAGACAUAGAUGGCAAUCUACUCCCCAUUAAUUCAAAAAACGGGGAGAGGGGCCCAAGGACCUGGGGCCCCUCAAAAGUUCAGGGCCUUUCAGAAAUUCAGACCAAGGGAACCCGGCCGAUGGUAUUCCAAAAGAUGCAGGAAGAGAUGGAGAAGGAAGAUACAGAGUGGACUUGCGUGCCACCACCAGAUGUCUAUUAA